CAAAGCGGAAACCCAAAAGACGAGACCACAAAGCAAAGCAGUAGAAACGCCGCCCAAAUCCCCAUUUCUCCAUCCUACUACGCCGCCGUAAUCACUCUUCAGCCCUCGAAUUUCGGCAGCUCAAAGUAGAGAUUCCGGCUGCGAAUUGCGGUUAGAAGUGGGUGGGCAAAGAAUUUAUUGGAGUAGCGGGGAGAUGCGAUGCGAUUCUUCAGGAGGAUAGCGGGUAUACUCGGGUUCGUUAGAGACGAAGGCGGCGAACACGAAGAAGAGCAAGAAAAAGGAGACCACGAAGCGGAGCAGCAAUACGUCCCUCCUCAUCAAUCACGAGAUCAUCAUCGUCCUGAUUACCGCGAAACUGGGAUCCCCCGCAAAGGGUUCAGCGUCCCAGUUAAGGUCGCCGUUGAACGGCAGCAGCCUGGACCUAUUCUCAUCCCUUGCAAAGCUGGCGAUGGCGGCGUCCAGGGUCUGAGGUGGUACGCAAAACGCCUCAAGAUAGAUGAAGACGGAGAUGUCGCCGACGAAUUCCUCGACGAGACCACCUCGCAGUUUCCACCCACCACCAGUUUCAGUUUCGGCAACGAACCUUCCUCAUUCCCCAAGUUCGAAGCAAAAUCCAAUGUCCGCCAUGCCAAGGUCAGGAGGCAGGUAAUGUCCCCUGACGGGAAGUUCCAGCACUCCAUCGAACACCAAGGCAGAUUGCAACUGGUAUAACCACCUCAGGAACGCGAUUUUCGGAUUCGGAUUACGCGAACGAACACCAUGGUGGUGAGAAGCACACGCAGAGUGUCGGGGUAAGUUUCAGAAUAGAUGUUUAUAUAGAUCCGAGUAUGGUAAUGAUGCCCGUCAGGAGCUUCCACCUUGAUCGUUCUUACCCAUAGAUUGUUGCUUUGUGCUACUGUUGGUUGGUAAAAAGAGUGUAUUUUGGAAACAUUUGACUGCACCUGGAAAAUUGUACUGAAUAUAACUGCACAAAACAU